GAGAGAGAGAGAGAGAGAGAGAGAGAGAGAGAGAGAGAGAGCCUUAACUUCACUUCACUUCCAGUCCAGAAACCAGCACCUAGUGUAGCAGCCAACCAGCCAUCGUGUGGAGAGUCCUUGGGAUUGCAGCGCAGAGCGGCGAGACUUUCAGGACAGACAAUACAGCAUCCUUUUUGGCUGGGCUGUGAAGCUGAUGGUUGAUAUCCAGAGAGAACCAACGCCUUUCUCUUGCUGACAAUUUCAAACACUUUGGUCUGAUAGAGCCGAGCAGCGACCCAGUUGAAGGAAUAAAAAUGACAUGCAUAAUGGAGCGAGACAUCGGAGCCAACUGUCAGGAAAAAUCAGGCUCUGGGAGAUUAAAUCAUUCAUGCUAUGAAUUUACACUUUCAUAUUAUCUCCACCUACCUCUCAUAUUAUCUUCACCUACCCCUCAUAUUAUCUCCACCUACCUCUCAUAUUAUCACCACCUACCUCUCAUAUUAUCUCCACCUACCCCUCAUUAUCUCCACCUACCUCUCAUAUUAUCUCCACCUACCUCUUAUAUUAUCUCUACCUACCUCUCAUAUUAUCUCCACCUACCCCUCACAUUAUCUCCACCUACCUCUCAUAUUAUCUCCACCUACCUCUCAUAUUAUCUCCACCUACCCCUCAUAUUAUCUCCACCUACCUCUCAUAUUAUCUCCACCUACCUCUCAUAUUAUCUCCACCUACCCCUCAUAUUAUCUCCACCUACCCCUCAUAUUAUCUCCACCUACCCCUCAUAUUAUCUCCACCUACCCCUCAUAUUAUCUCCACCUACCUCUCAUAUUAUCUCCCCCUACCCCUAAUAUUAUCUCCACCUACCUCUCAUAUUAUCUCCCCCUACCUCUCAUAUUAUCUCCACUUACCUCUCAUAUUAUCUCCCCCUACCCCUCAUAUUAUCUCCACCUACCUCUCAUAUUAUCUCCACCUACCCCUCAUAUUAUCUCCACCUACCCCUCAUAUUAUCUCCACCUAUCCCUCAUAUUAUCUCCACCUACCUCUCAUAUUAUCUCCACCUACCCCUUAUAUUAUCUCCACCUACCCCUCAUAUUAUAUCCACCUACCUCUCAUAUUAUCUCCACGUACCCCUUAUAUUAUCUCCACCUACCUCUCAUAUUAUCUCCACCUACCUCUCAUAUUAUCUCCACCUAUCCCUCAUAUUAUCAUCACCUACCCCUCAUAUUAAGCUGCAUCUAUUUUCCAGGUAUAAGUAAUGACAUUAGUGAAUGUUACCAGUAUUGUACAAUUAUCCUCCUCCCAUCUCCACCCAUACUUGGGGUGUUAGGGUAGCCUAGUGGUUAGAGUGUAGGUAGCGGCAGGUAGCCUAGUGGUUAGAGUGUAGGGUCGGCAGGUAGCCUAGUGGUUAGAGUGUAGGGACGGCAGGUAGCCUAGUGGUUAGAGUGUGGCGGCGACAGGUAGCCUAGUGGUUAGAGUGUAGGGGUGGCAGGUAGCCUAGUGGUUAGAGUGUAGGGGCGGCGGGUAGCCUAGUGGUUAGAGUGUAGGGGCAGGCAGGUAGUCUAUUGGUUAGAGUGUAGGGACGGCAGGUAGCCUAGUGGUUAGCGUGUAGGGGCGGCAGGUAGCCUAGUGGUUAGAGUGUAGGGACGGCAGGUAGCCUAGUGGUUAGAGUGUAGGGGCGGCAGGUAGCCUAGUGGUUAGAGUGUAGGGACGUCAGGUAGCCUAGUGGUUAGAGUGUGGCGGCGACAGGUAGCCUAGUGGUUAGAGUGUAGGGGCGACAGGUAGCCUAGUGGUUAGAGUGUAGGGGCGGCAGGUAGCCUAGUGGUUAGAGCGUUGGGACGGCAGGUAGCCUGGUGGUUAGAGUGUAGGGGCGGCAGGUAGCCUAGUGGUUAGAGUGUAGGGACGGCAGGUAGCCUAGUGGUUAGCGUGUAGGGGCAGGCAGGUAGUCUAGUGGUUAGAGUGUAGGGGCGGCAGGUAGCCUAGUGGUUAGAGUGUAGGGACGGCAGGUAGCCUAGUGGUUAGAGUGUAGGGACGGCAGGUAGCCUAGUGGUUAGCGUGUAGGGGCAGGCAGGUAGUCUAGUGGUUAGAGUGUAGGGGCGGCAGGUAGCCUAGUGGUUAGAGUGUAGGGGCGGCAGGUAGCCUAGUGGUUAGAGUGUAGGGACGGCAGGUAGUCUAGUGGUUAGAGUGUAGGGGCGGCAGGUAGCCUCGUUUUUAGAGCGUUGGACUAGUACCUGAAAGGUUGCAAGAUCGAAACCCCGAGCUGACAAGGUAAAAAUCUGUUGUUCUGCCCCUGAACAAGGCAGUUAACCCACUGUUCCAAAGGCCGUCAUUGUAAAAUAGAAUUUGUUCUUAACUGACUUAACUUGUUAAAUAAAGGUUAAAAAUAAGAUAAA